AUGGUCGGAUCAUCUGAACGGCGGUUUCGUUUCGCGCUGCGGUGGAAGAGUCGUUCAUUGGCAUCUGGGAAGUUCCUGGAGGGCGAGGGCGAGGUCGAGGUCGAGAUUCGUCGUGGACGAGGUGGGUCGUGGGCGUGGACACUCGCUACUUACCCGCUGGGCAAAAGGGCAUCGGGGACUUUGACAGUUGAAGGCGCCCAGGACUGGCCAGAGUGUUGCGGCGCCAAGCGGGGAGAGCCACUUUGGGGCCACUUAGAGCCAGGGGAAGGAUGCGGGAUCGCUGAGGGCAUCAGGCACAGGGCACGCCAUCAUUCGCCAGCGGGGGAGACAGCCCACCGCACCAUGGCCAAUGACUUGCCGCAGCCAGACACUGAGGUCGAUGCACCAAAUGCAGGGUUCUCUCGAUUGAGUGGGAGCGACUGGGAGAUCAAUAGAAGAGGAAGAUCAUGGGAAAAAGCAGCACCGAGUGGUGCUAAGUCUGCUGGUGAGUCUACGAGUCUGGAUGUCUUGUUUGCUUGUGAAGGAGAAGCUUCGAGGGUUGUGGAUGAACUGGCGCAAACGAUGCGACAGCAACAUCUAUCAAGAGCACGUGGAUGCUAG